UCGUUCUUACAAUCGAUUAAGAGUUCCACCGUAUACGGUUAUCUCGUCAAAUACAAUAUCGAUCGUUGAGCGUUAUAUAUUAACUGACUUGAUUUCUUCGUUUUCUGCCAAUUGAGAAAAUCAAUGAUUGAAAGUGAAGUGGGAGGCGGGAGGGACAGGGUUAAAGGACCUAUCAUCAUUAGGUGUUACAUUCCGAGGGACUUCCCAGCUGUCGUACGAUUUCUCGUUUAAAAGGGGAACGCUGUUCAGCUAUGCCCAUUCAGUUUCAUCAUUUUCACCAAACUACGACGACUACGUUGACCUUCGUGGAUUUUUAACGAUGACAAGGAUCAUCCUUAUUUUCAACAUUAUUCUCAUUAUUUUUCAAUUCAAAAAUGAUUUGAUCCUUGGCUCGCCUAUAACCGAGACUAUGAUGAAUCGUCUCAACGUUACCGGUUGUCCAAGGAUUGUAACUAGAGAGGAAUGGAAAGCACGUAAACCUUUGGGCGAGCAACAAAUCGAACGUACACCAACGCCAUACGUAGUUAUUCAUCAUGGUGGAAUACGUCAAUAUUGUUACGAUCAAGAAACAUGUAGCAAAAUAGUAAGAUCUUAUCAGAGAUUACAUAUCGAUGAUCAUGGUUGGUUCGAUCUUGGUUAUAAUUUUGUAAUUGGCGAGGAUGGUAAUAUUUACGAGGGCCGUGGAUGGAAUAAAGUUGGUGCACACGCGCCCGGAUAUAAUUUUCAAAGUAUCGGCAUUUGCAUUAUAGGUGAUUUUAUGGAUUUUCUACCAAAUGCCUUGGCUCUUCGUGCUUUAAAUUCUCUAAUCUCAUGCGGCGUCUUUCUUGGAAAGAUACAUCAUGAUUACAAUGUUAUUGGACAUAGACAAGCGCGUAAUACGCUUUGUCCAGGAGAUACGUUUUACAAAUACGUCAUGACGUUUCCUCAUUGGACAUCUCAGCCUAUACCUGAAAAAGUACAAACUACAACUACGGAUGCACCGUCGAAGGCUGCAAAAGAAUCGUACUACUAUCUAUCUAUGUGCAAAGGUCAUGGACACGAAUGUAUGUGUUCAACGACGGAGAAGACGAUCAAAGUAAUCAUAAUGGUACGAGCGACGUUUCUAUUUAUUGCAACGUGCAUCACAAUUUGCCAUCCAGCGGAAAUUGCAAAUUCUGCUGCAACUUCUGAAAUACCUAACAUCAUUUCAAGACAACAAUGGGGAGCUAGAUCACCAAAAACCACUACACGUCCUCUUAGAAUAAAUCCACCACCGUACGUUAUUAUUCAUCAUUCGGAUACUGUUAGUUGUAACACUCAAGCUAUUUGUCAGGCUAGAGUGAGAAGUUUUCAGAAUUAUCAUAUGGACACGAAAAAAUGGAACGACAUAGGCUACAAUUUUUUGGUCGGUGAAGAUGGUAAUGUUUACGAAGGUCUUGGCUGGGGCAAACAUGGCUCUCAUUCAAUCCCAUAUAAUUCCAAGAGUAUUGGUAUUUGCAUCAUUGGUAAUUUUACUAAUACCACACCAAAUCCAGCGAGCAUUCGGACAACGAAGAAUUUGAUAGCUUAUGGUGUAGCUAACAACAAAAUCAAAUCCGAUUAUAAGCUUCUUGGCCAUCGACAAACCGCUCAAACCGAUUGUCCUGGAAAUUCAUUAUACAAUAUGAUUAAAACAUGGAAUAAUUGGAGCGAUAUGCCAUGAGAAAUAUAAUCGUUAUGCGAUUCAAUUUAUUUACGAGGUAUAACGUUAUAUCGUUAUAAAAUUGACAAUUAUUGUUAUAUCGUCUCAAUAAUCAUUUUGAUUUGUUUUCAAUUAACAAUAUAAAUAGAUACGUACAAAUUUGACAUUCUUACGAAUAUUUUCGUUUGUUGUAUCGUAAAGAAAGAAUUUUGAAAGGAUUCAUAAUAUAAUUGUUUGCUUAUAUAGUUAUCGUGGGUGAAUCUUUUGUAAUUUGUAAUGCGUAAUAUUUACGUUGUAACUUCAUUUUUUUUUUUAUGAUAUACACAAAGACAAAUGUAUAUCUACAAAAAUAUAAAAUUUUCUCAAUGAUUUA